AUGUGGCGUAGUUUUUUGGGAUUCGUGGUCCCGGGAGAAAACGUCGAGCUGAAAACCGAAUCGGAAUCCGAACCAGAAGAUCGCAAGCCCGUGGUCGAACAACUUCCACUCACUCCGAAGCAACGGUACGCGGAGAAAAAGCGGGAAAUGGCGGACGAAGAGGUAAAAGCGUUGCUGAACCGGCGAGGGCACGUUAAGGGUAAGCUAACCCGGAUCAAGACUGCCCUAGCCCAGCCAGUGAUAUCGGCAGCGCAGUUCGAGGUCUACAAGGCUAACAUCGAGAAGUACUACGGUGAGUACGACGACCUGAACAAUAAGAUUUUGGAUUCCAAACUGACGGAGGAACAGGCGAGCGAGAAUGAUGCUCGGUAUUUGGAGUACGAGCAUCUGUACGACGAGGUGUUGGUGAAGCUCAGGGAGCUCACGGCACCACUGGAACGCAACCAGUCGGUUGUCCGCGCUGGACAAGCCGGCCAGCAGAUCAUCGUUCAACAGCAGCCACUGAGUGUACCCCUGCCGACGUUUGACGGGCAGUACGAGAACUGGCCCAAGUUUAAAGCGAUUUUCACCGAUCUGAUGCAGAAAUCGUUAGACUCGGACGCCAUAAAGCUGUACCACCUGGAGAAGUCGCUCGUUGAUGCGGCUUCAGGGAGCAUCGAUGCCCAAACGAUAAAGGACAACAACUACCAGCUUGCGUGGGAGACUCUUGAGGAGCGCUACGAAAAUCAACGGCUGAUCAUUGACCUCCACAUCAGCGGAAUUCUGCAGCUGAAGCAGAUGACGAAGAAGUCGUCGAAAGAACUGCGGAACCUGAUUGAGGAGUGCGCCAGACACGUGGAGAACUUGCGGUUCCACAAGCAGGAACUGCUUGGUGUCUCGGAGCUGAUCGUGAUCCACAUGCUGUCCUCUGCCCUGGACGGAGAAACGCGAGAGUUGUGGGAGGCUUCCAUUCAGCGAAAGCAGCUCCCUAAGUAUCAGGAGACCAUGGACUUCCUGAAGAAGCGGUGCGACAUACUGGAACGGUGUGAGUCUGCCGCUUCCGCAACGUCUGCUGUCGAGCUGGUUCUUCCAGAGACGUCAUCGAAACCAACGACGAGGAUCGCCUCGGCAGCCAUGACUUCCAACGACGUGGAAUGUGAGCUGUGUGGUGGAUCGCACGCCAACUUUAGAUGUGGCUCGUUCCGUGGCAUGAGUGUCGCGGAGAGAUGGGCCAAGAUCCGUGACGAGCGGAUGUGCUUCAACUGCCUGCGCAAGGGUCAUCGAGUGGAAAGCUGUCCAUCAUAG